CAAGAGGUUAGUUUUAGCAUAGUUGCUUAUGCUUGGUUAUAUCGUAAUUAAUUAACACUAAAUGGUACAACUUAGUUGUGCAUAUUUACUAACUCAUCAACAAAUAAGUACCUACAAUCGCUAUUCAAUAACACGUAAGCCUUACAAAAUUACACUUAAUAAGCGGUCUUCUACUAAAUAAUUACAGGUAAUCGUAGUGGAACCAGUAAUUAAAUGCAAUUUGGUUUAGGAACUUGAAAGUUUUAUCAUUAACGGUUUAUAUAGCACGUUGUUUACAAUAAGUGACAUAACACAAUCCAUUUUCAAACGUAUAUGGAAGGAGUCGACACGUGCCUCUGAAUGCAUAGAUAAUUUUCGUGAAUUACACAUAAAAAACAGCUUAUUUAUUUCUAGUUAUAACUGCAUAUUAGAUGCUUCUAAGGUUUUGUUGUAGACAGCAAGGUAUAAAGUGUUUAGAUGGAGAUAAACUGGAAAUAAAGUUGGAAAUAUUUAAAUUAAAAAUUUUUAAAACAUAUACGAGACUGAAGACCUUUGCAGACAUUCUCCACUUUAAUAUAAUACCUAAUUAAACAGCAUAAUUCUGUGUCAUAUUUAUUAUCAAAAUGAAUAUAAUAAGGGUAUUUAUUUUGGUAACACUUGUAAAACUUAUUUGCGCUAAAGACGACCAUACAAUUAAUUUCAUUAGAGAUUUCAUUGAAAAUGAACGAAAACCUACACAUUUAAUAUUGAACGAUCUCUGUUGGCCUAAACAUAUUAAAGUGAAAUUAACAAAGAAAUUGUCAAAAGAUGGCUGCAGAGUAUCAUCUUCAACAAAUACAUUACAUGAGUGUCAAAAACAUGGGAUUAUGUUUCUUCUUGAUUUAGAUUGUCCUCAAUCUGAAGACGCCAUUGAAAUAGCUAGUUCAAGAAAUCUUUUUGGUUCUCCCUACCGUUGGCUGAUUCUGUCGACCAACCCUGAACAGUUAGAAUCAUCGGUACUGUGGGAAAGUCCAGUUUUGCCUGACAGUGACUUGGUGUUGGCGGAAAAAUCGGAGAAUGGAUAUAAACUGACUGAACUACAUAAAACGUCAAAGAACAUGUCUAUGAUUUCAUCACCCCGAGGAUACUACAAUGGGACGCUGGUGGACGUCCGAACGCAUCGGGAGAUUUUUAGGAGGCGUAGAAAUCUAAUGGGGGCACCUUUGACCAUGUCAAAUGUAAUACAGGACAGUAAUAAGACCAUGUACCACCUACCAAGAGAAGACAGGCUGGACCUCCAAAACGACGUCAUAGCAAAAACUUCUUGGAUGAAUGCACGUUUAGCUUUCCAAAUGUUGAACGCUACCGCGCGUUACAUCUUCAGCCACAGAUGGGGAUACAAACAAAAUGGCCAGUGGUCCGGCAUGAUAAACGAUUUGCACACUGGCAGAGCAGAUGUUGGUACAAACUGCUUGGGAACAAUGACUGACCGCUUCGAGGUAAUUUUAUACACGGACACACUGGCUCGCUACCGCGUCGCCUUUAUACUCCGCCAGCCUCCUCUCUCUUACGUCUCCAAUAUAUUCUCCCUGCCGUUCUCUACCAGCGUCUGGAUAGCCAUUGCCUUGUGUUCGUGCCUGUCUAUGUUUGCUCUGUACUUCACCAGCAAAUGGGAGGUCAGGAAAGGAAAGACCGAGACACAGCUGGACGGUACUAUGGGAGACGCGUUCUUGCUCACUAUGAGCGCUAUAAGCCAACAGGGCUGCGUCAUCGAACCCAGACGACUUUCAGGUCGUAUCAUCGUAUGGAUAUUCUUCGCGGUCCUAAUGGCAUUGUACGCGGCAUACUCAGCUAACAUCGUGGUCCUGCUACAAGCACCCUCCAACUCUAUAAAGAACCUGGCGCAGCUGGUUUCAUCGAAACUCACCCUUGCUGCUUACGAUGUGGAUUACAGUCAAUUUAUUUUUAAACUCUAUAAUGAUUCUCUCCACAUGGCGGUCUACAAGAAAAUUAAACCGGAAAAAUCAAAUGGACUCUUGUAUGAAAUGAACGAAGGCGUCGAAAAAAUUAGACAGGGCCUGUUCGCGUUCCACUCGAUCACGGAGCCGGUAUACCGACGCAUCGAGCAGACCUUCCUGGAAGGAGAGAAAUGUGACUUAGUCGAGAUAGACUAUCUCAACGCAUUCGAUCCCUUCACGCCCGUGAAGAAAGACUCGCCUUAUUUGGAGUUAAUGAGAGUUGUAUUUAAACAGCUGGCGGAAUCUGGGAUCAGGACGGCGAUACACAAGCGUAUGUUCAUCCCUAAGCCGCACUGCUCCACCAAAAUGGCGGCGUUCAGCAGCGUGGGCAUGAUGGACCUGAAACCCGUCCUGCUUCUCAUGGUGUACGGUGCCGUGCUCUCGCUAGCCAUCCUAGUACUCGAGAUGGUACACUAUAGACUGUACACAACACGUAAGCGAGAGAGAAAAACGAAAAAGUCGAAAUACAUAUAUUAAAUAUAAAGAAAAUACCUAAAUAUAAAAGCAUUAAGCUUGUUUUAGUUCGAGAUUUUAAAGCUUCGAUUUGAAUUAUAAAAUAAACACUUUACCCAGAAAAAAUAUACAAUUAUUUAUAUAACUUCAAGUCUUGGAACUGCAAGCUACAAAAAAAAACAUACAAACACGAUUUGUGAGAUGAAGCCUUAAUCAGGCCCCAUGUGCACUGGCAUUAAAGCAUAUUUUUAAAUAUGGUGUGUUCUU